AUUUUUUUUUUUUUAAUUUUUCAUAGUUAAUUUUAAAGUAUUUAAGAUCUUGUGAUAGUCUUGUUCAUUUGGAUAAAUACAGUUUGUGCAAAAUUUGUAAAAUACACUUUACUUAGAUGGUGGUUGUACAAGUUUAAAAUCUAUUGGACACAUAGCGUGGAUAAAAGGUAUUUAACCAUGGGAGCCGAAUCUCAAUAUAGCGACACUCUCAGAUCGUCCAAGAAAUGCAGCAAGUUGAGGCCAUUGAAGAUAACCGCAGUCGGCGACGGAAUGGUUGGAAAAACUUGCAUGCUCAUCACUUACACAACUAAGCAGUUUCCUACGGAAUACGUGCCCACCGUAUUCGACAAUUAUGCAGAGAACAUAAUUAUGGAUGGUCAAGAAUACAACAUGUGUCUGUGGGAUACUGCUGGCCAAGAAGAUUAUGAAAGACUUAGACCAUUGUCUUAUCCUAAUACGGAUUGUUUUCUACUUUGCUAUUCAGUCGGUAGUCGAAGUUCAUUCGAAAACAUUGCUAGUAAAUGGCAUCCGGAAAUUCAACACCACUGUCCGAAAAUACCUGUGAUAUUGAUCGGUACGAAAACGGAUUUAAGACUGAGCCAAAACGACUGUAUAACACGGAAAAAGGGCAAAAAAAUGAUGAAAAAGAUCGGGGCCGUCAAGUACCUGGAGUGUUCAGCUCUGACUAAUGAAGGGCUGGAUACCAUAUUUAUGGAAUCGGUUCGCGCGGCCAUCAAAAAGCCAAGACAGAACUGUUUCGCUUUCCCGUUCACCCAAUGUUGUAAAUAGAAUACGUUCUCAGGACUCCAACAUCAUCCAUCGUUGUUGUCGUUGUCGUCAUCGUUGUCAAGUAUUCGCGAGAUCUCGUACCACGCUUAUACUAUCCUCAGUAAUAAUUGUUGUUUCGCUGUUGAGUGUCCUAUACGCAUUUUACAUAUAUAGUAUAAUGUAGUUAUGAAAUACGGCGUUUCGUUUAUUAUAACUCACUUUUGGAAUGUAAAAUAUGUGCCAUAGAUUGUGAAUCGCCUGUAAAUAAUAUUAUAUAUAUAAUAUAAAAUGUAUUAACGUAACGCUGUUUAAACCUAUCUACCUAUCUCACCAUAUACUAUUAUGACCUCGCCGCGAUAAUGAACCAACGAGAUUUUAUGUACAAGUCGUCGGCUUAUUAUAAACUAUAGAGUAUGCUUAAAUAUUGUUUUUUUUUUUUUUUGAUAAAUGUAAAAAUGUAUUAUUAUUAAUUUUUUUAAUUAUUUUUAUUUGUUUGUUUUGUCAUGUGCAUAAUAUAGUAUGUAUAAUAUCUAGUAUAUCUCACACUAUAUAUCACAGUAUGACACGAAUAUUU